CAUCUGAAGCGGUUCACCGGAGUAGAACGUCAGUUACCUGCUUGCCAUAAACGCGUUUAGUUCGUCUUGUCGCCUGUUGAUCGGUCAUCGGUUCUAUUUGUUUAUUGCUUUGCUUCCAGUUGCGGAUAAGACGUUUCUUUCUGAUUAUAGUUAGCCUAGCCUAGCCAGCCAGUUAAAAGUGCAUUUGGAUUAGCUGCUGUUGCUGCUGCGUGCGUUGUUUAUAAAUUCGGUACGUUCUGUUCACUUGUCGACACAAGUCGUUCGCUAGUUGUAAGUUGUGAUUCUAGUUAAGUGAGUUGGUGAAAUAAAAAUCCAAAACCCCAAAAACACCGCCAGUUGUGGCCAAUACGCCAAUACAUAUUGUGAUAGAUUACAAAAACAACGACAACAACCACUUCUCAAAAGCUAAACAAUGGGAAAUCCAAAAUCAUUAUCAUACGACAGCAAUAACAUGGCUGUGAUUGAUUUAGGCUCGGCAAUUAUCCGCAUGGAACCCGAGGAGCCGCCGCAAUGGGCAUUGGAAAUUGCACGCAAAGAAUUGCGCGAAACACCCGAGAUUGCUGAGGAAGCCAAAAAGAAGUUGAAAGAAUUGAUUGAGGCUGAAACUGAACUGAACUUGCCCACAGAUGAUUUUUAUUUGAAAAUGUUUUUGAGACCAACACAUUAUUACCCCGAGAGUGCUUUGAAAAGGAUAAAACACUUUUACAAUAUGCUACAAAAAUACGGCGAAGCUUGUCGUGAUAUAGUCCCUUCCAAAGUGCAACAUGUCUUUGAAGCUGAGCUCUUAUCGCUUUUGCCCAAUCGUGAUCAACAUGGUCGUAGAAUAUUGAUAUUGCAAGCUGGAAAAAAAUGGAAACCCUCUGAAGUUUCGCUGGUCGAUAUGUUCCGUGGCAUACAACUUACCGUUUUGGGCUCCAUGGUUGAGCCAUUGUCACAAAUUUGCGGUGCUGUUGUCAUUAUUGAUGUUGAAGGUCUACCCAUGGGUCAUAUUAUGCAUUUCACACCAAAUUUCGCCGCCAUGUUAUUGGACUAUGUUCAGGAGUGUAUUUGUGUGCGUCUAAAAGCUGUACACAUUGUCAAUAAUUCGUAUAUUUUCAAUAUAUUAUUCAAUAUCUUCAAACCUUUCAUUCGGGAGAAACUCAGGAAGAGGAUUUUCUUCCAUGGCAAGGAUAUGAAAUCCUUGACAAAACACAUUGAUGCUGCUGUCCUACCCGCCAAAUAUGGUGGCAGUGCUACAUGGGAAAUGCCACCUGGCAAAUUGUUGGGCGAAUUUUUCACAUCCUACACACCAGAUUUUGAAAAGGCCGCCAGCUAUGGUUGGAAAGAUGGUUACAAAAUCAAAAAGUAAUGCCCUGGCGUACCUUAAAUUAUUGUGUCGUUUUUUAGGUUCUCAUCCCCACUAAUUGUUAAGAUGUAUUUGUUUUCUUUAUUUUUUCUAAUUUGUAUAGUAUUUUGUGAUAUUGUUCGCAUUAAAAAUUAAGUGCAUGUAUGUUGUUUGAUUGUUCGGUAGCAAAACAUACCGAUCUUAGUGCAUACAAAUUAAGUAUGGGUUGUUAUUUAAUUUUGAAAUUAUCAUCAAUACAAUGUUAUAUCUCUAUCGUACUUCCUCUAGUUAAUAGUGUGUAAUAAAAGUGAAUGAAACUCUGAACCAAUGUAGUUUCCAUAUGUAAAUACAAUUGAAUUGUUUUAAUCUUUUUUCUUUU